AUGAUCCCGUCCACGGGCAAGAUUGAUCGGUUGCUGGUCGAGCUACGGCCACGGCUACAGUGUGCCAACUUUUUCAUAUCGUUCCCACGAAAGUUUGCCGACAUUGAAUCCACCACCAUCGAGCUGGCCACCGAUCGCAUAACGAUAGUUAUGAAAGGUGAACGAGAGCGAUACGAAAUACGUACCGGUGACUACUUUCAGCUACACACCCAAACACUCAGCUCAUUGGUGAUUAAGAAUCGGUACAUUUGCUUCCGGGUCAACACUAACGAAAGUGUGUUCGGUUCCGAACGACUAUGCACCGGCCAGACAAUGCAAGAUAGCAUCCCGGAUGAAGAGCCUUUCCGGUUGGCUUGUAAUAUUGAGGCUGGCAAACCGUAUCGAGUGCUUUGCAACAAUUGUGGCGGACCAUUGAUACAGUCGACAACCGACCAAAGCGAGCCGGAAGUUACAUUCAAUCGCGUACUGGAAUUACCCUCCGAGCAGCUAGAUACAGACGACUGGUUUUGUCACCGACACGAUCACUCUCGUGAUGGAGAGCAGCAGGGAGAUAAUACGCAGACGCACGGCGAAUCCUCCAACGCCUCCCUGAGCUCGAAGUUCGAACCACAACUGCACGAUCUUUUCUACGGUACUUACUACGCGCUAAUGCAUCGUUCCCUCGUGCAGCGAGUUCAUGUGCGAAAGGAACGUUUCGUGUACUGCAAGCGGUGCCUGCAGUAUCUGGGAUCGACGCGAAAGAGUCGCUCCUCGGUGAAGCUUUGGUACGAAAACGUUCGCUUUCAAUCGGAUCGCUCCAUACCGCUUGCUCUUUUCCGAAUGGAUGAUGCAUUGGAGUUGUUUCACCAUCUCGUUCGUAAGACGGUGCGGGAAUUUAACUUCGUAACACACCUCGGUCUACCGCCGUCAUUAAAGCUGAUGUUUGAGCUGCGCCGCCCCGGAAUGGAAGGGGAUAUGUUUUAUCUGUUGAUGCAAAUCAUGGAUUGUCAGCUGAGCGUAUUUCGUGCGAAGCAGAAACGCACCGGAUCUGGUUCAUCUGAAUCGUGCUCGGACGAUGUUGACGAUGACCGAGGCAAGACGAGCGAACCGGAACAGGAUGCGCAUCACAAGGAAGGUGGGAUUGAUGAGACCGCGGAUGACGGUGAUAACGACGAUGAUGAUGUGUUUAUAGACAGUUCGUACCGGAAGCAUACGAUCAAGCUGGAACGUCACCGUGCCAUGAAGCUGAUGUAUCGGUACGAGAAGUACGAGGAGCAACCGUUGUUCGUGUUCUGGCGGGAAGACAGUAAUGUGGUAAAUCUGGAGCUGUCCGAGCCAAUGUUUAGCGCAGCAAUCCGCUAUCUGGACGCGAACUCCAGCUACGUGCCUGAAUGUUAUCGUGUGAAUCUUGGAUUUAGUAUGAGCUAUCUGGAUAUUUCCUAG